GAAUAGGGAAUCGGAUUCAUUUCUCUGCCCAACACAAGAGGAGUCACUUACUCCAUCAGAUGAGAGACAAAAAGAGGGGCAAAUUAAGAGAGAUAUGACGAAGGACGAUAUGAUUCGAGCUACCGUCGAAGCAAUACACGCGAGUCCCACUCAAGCUGUUCUCUAUAUCUCUGGCGGAGCUUCUCAGGCCCUUGGAUGGUUGAUUUCUGUUCCUGGUGCUUCAAACACAGUGCUUGAGGCUGUGGUUCCUUAUUCAAAAAUUUCCAUGGCUCAAUUACUCAACAAGAUGCCCACAUCUUUUGCUAGUCAGCAAACUGCUGAGGAUAUGGCAUUGUCUGCUUAUAAUCGUGCCCUAAAACUCUCCAGACCAGGUUUCCCAGUUGUUGGUGUGGGAUUCACUGGAUCUUUGGCUAGUUCACGUCCAAAACAUGGGGAUCACAGGGUUUUCCUGUCAACACGAACAUCUGAUCGACUCUGGGUAUCUAAAGUGACCUUGUCAAAGGGACUCCGAACUCGUCAGCUAGAAGACAAGGUUUCUAGUCAGCUUUUACUCAAGGCCCUUGCAGAUGCAUGCAGAGUUUCAUCAUUAUUUGUUUCAGAACUGAGCGACUCUGAACUACCUGAUGAUUAUGAAAAGCUUUUCGUUGAGGACCAAGAGUUGCAGCAACUUAUAGAUGGGGAAAUAUGCAUGAAAAUCUAUCCAUUUUCAAGUGAAAAAUAUACUCCCAAUUCAGAGAGAAAGAUAAUAUUACCUGGAUCCUUCAAUCCUUUGCACGAUGGACACCUCAAACUCUUGGAAGUUGCUAGAAGCAUUUGCGGUGAUGGGUUUCCAUGCUUUGAGAUCUCUGCAAUCAAUGCAGACAAGCCUCCAUUGACAGUCUCUCAAAUCAAAGACCGAGUCAAGCAAUUUGAAAAAGUUGGAGAGACAGUAAUUAUUUCUAAUCAGCCUUUCUUUUACAAGAAAGCCCAACUUUUUCCUGGCAGUGCUUUCGUAAUUGGUGCAGACACUGUAGAAAGGCUUGUAAAUGUGAAGUAUUAUGGAGGAGACUAUGAUAAGAUGUUGGAGGUGUUGUUAGGAUGUAAAAUAACUGGAUGCACCUUUCUGGUAGGUGGUCGAAAUGUUGGCGGUGUUUUCAAGGUUCUCGAAGAUUUUGAUAUUCCAAAUGAGUUAAAGGAUAUGUUUGUCUCGAUACCGGAAGAAAAGUUCCGUAUGGACAAUUCAUCAACCGAGAUUAGAAGAAGAAGUGGAAUUUAAUUAUUCAAUGCAAAAAAUAAAAAUCAUGUUUCCUUUUUUUUUUUAAUAGAAAAAGCUUAGGCCUAUAAGGCACUAAGAAGCAAACAUGACAGUUGGGAUGGCAUUGGUAGCAGAAAUGCUACUUAACCUGCCAUCAUAGUUUUACAUAAUAAAGCUAAAUUGAAAGCAUCGGUAUUUUGUUGUCUGGUAAUAAUACCAAGGUUGAGCAAAACAAAAGAUACACGGUGAUGUCCCAUAUUUCUGCUACUUUCUACUUCUUCUAGUUGACAAUUUCCUCUAGUUUGAUAGCUAAGAUGAAAUCUUUCUGUGACUGCUUCAUGAUAGAGGAAUUUGAACUGAACUAGUGUCUCCAUUGCCUCAGCUGAUAUAGUGACAUUGGUGUGCUACAGUUCUUUGG